AGUAUGGAAGACCUUCGAUUAUCAGGAGAAUUGGCUGAAAGCUGUGCCACAGACCAGGCCACAUCAGGGGAAGGGAUCACAUCUGAGCUGGCUGAAAACGUCACGGAGCAGGCAACAUCAGAUAAAGAGUUGAGGACCUCAUCAGAGAUGACUGAAGGAAGUGCCGUGGACCAGGGUUCUGGACAUGAUGUGAGGAUCAUAUCUCAGUCGUUGGUGGAGAAGUGCUCGACUACACCACACACUUAUUCCAUCAUCUUUGAUAAUUUAGAUUUUUUCAUGCACACACACCACCAGUCCAGCCUACACAGUAACAAGUCAAUUCAUUGGAUACACCACAUCGCUGUCCAGGACCGUGUCCCCAUUUAUCACCUGGCUAAUGACAAACCAAUUGGAAAUCUUCUGGACUAUGACCUGAAUUUGUCACUCCCUAGCCAGAAUGAACAAAUGCAGAUGCGAAGAGAGUUCAUUGUUUUCACCAGCCGAAUCCUGUCUAGCUAUCUGUCUGUAUUCAAGCCAUUCUCCAAUGUGGUUGUGCGACACAUACCGCAUCAGUAUUCAGCAGAAAUGGCGCAGCAUUCCACUGAUUACCCAUUAGGACUGCUUUUCAAAGAUGAAAACAAAUCUGCCGAUUUGGCAGAAGUACUUCAUCACUUCCAGAAAACGUAUGUACCAAAACAGCCUGAUGGGAUUUCAACCAUUUUGGUUGGAGGCGACAGGCUUUCCGAAGCAAAUAGCAGAAACCUGCAGUGGGCCUAUGCCAAUGGUCUGAAUACGGAGGAGCGAUUGGAUGGCAUGGAAUUCAUGUUUGAGGACUGGCAUGCGAUUAGGAUGCUAUUUCAAAUCCACUACAAAGUGUUCUUCAGUGAGAAAUCUGCAAAGGACCAUGGGACUCUGUGCGCCAACAUGACAAAGUUGAGUUUUCUAAUGGAAUGGAAUGGAGUGGGUCAUGAUGGAAAGCCCACUCCUGAGAAGUUGUUCUUAUUCGUUAAGCUGGGGUGGGUCAUGAUGAAAGCCCAUCCCUGGAAUGUGGUGCAGCAAUGCGAAACAGGGUCCCAAGUCUGCCUUCAACGCAUACAAACAUUUUGUCAUCACAGACACUACUGCGCUGCUUCUGACGGCUGCCAUGGAGCACUUUGGCCUGAAGGAUAUCGAAGAAAUCCCGGAAUCGUUUGUUCCUGAGGACAUUGCAUCAGGAUCAACAGACACGAGGCGAACAUGGUUGCAUGCCAAAUCUGCU